AGUGAUGCGAGUAGGCUACCACUUUAACGUUGGCUUGGAUCCGUGCAGACCACGCCCGGUGCUAAAGACGAGACCUGCCGCUGAUGCUAAGCGUUCGGCAUAUGCACGCUUCAAAAAUCUCUUCUCUUGCAUCUCUCACUACAACAGCUGACCGUCUGGAGCCGGAGCCGCUUGGAAUACUCUUAACAUUUAAAUUAUAACGGACUGCAUGGACAUACUAUUAUAAAAAUGUUGGCCUAUUCAAGUAUAUUUAUUUGUUCGUGUGCUAUUUGAAGACAGCAAACUCUCCGAGAUGUACAUAACCAUUUUGUUUUAAAUCGAAAUUGGCCUUAAGCAAAAAGCAGAAAAUUCCUGCCAACUCUCAGUUUGUCCAUUGCAAAAAAAAAGAGAUUGUCGACAUCAAUAGGGUUUAUGUUAGAUUAAAUAGUCUAAGGCAAAAAGUAACUUGGUUUCAAAAAUAUAUAUUUUGCUUUUCGGGGGCACAUCAGAUUCCUUUCUCACAAUGGCCGAUGCUAGCGCAGAAUGUAACAUCAAAGUGCUAUGUCGCUUCCGUCCUCUGAAUCAGUCCGAAAUUAUCCGUGGAGACAAAUUCAUCCCCUUGUUCCAAGGAGAUGACACCGUCAGCAUCGCGGGGAAGUCCUAUGUGUUUGACCGGGUGUUCCCCACCAACACAACACAGGAACAGGUGUACAACACCUGCGCCAAACAGAUAGUCAAAGAUGUACUCGGGGGAUACAAUGGCACCAUCUUCGCCUAUGGACAGACCUCCUCUGGAAAAACACACACCAUGGAGGGCAAGCUGCAUGACCCUCAUGGGAUGGGGAUCAUCCCCAGAAUUGCAGAGGACAUCUUCAAUCACAUAUUCGCAAUGGAUGAAAACCUUGAGUUCCACAUCAAGGUGUCCUAUUUUGAAAUAUACAUGGACAAAAUCAGAGAUCUUCUGGAUGUGACGAAGACCAAUCUGGCAGUGCAUGAGGACAAGAACAGGGUUCCAUAUGUGAAGGGCUGCACUGAGCGCUUUGUCUCCAGCCCAGAGGAGGUGAUGGAUAUUAUUGAUGAGGGAAAAGCAAACCGCCAUGUUGCUGUCACCAAUAUGAAUGAGCACAGCUCCAGGAGUCACAGUAUCUUCCUGAUCAACAUCAAGCAGGAGCACGUGGAGACAGAACAAAAACUGUGUGGGAAGCUCUAUCUGGUGGACCUGGCUGGGAGUGAGAAGGUCAGUAAGACAGGAGCAGAGGGAGCUGUGCUGGAUGAAGCUAAGAACAUCAACAAGUCUCUGUCUUCUCUAGGAAACGUCAUCUCUGCUCUAGCUGAGGGAACCAAGACCCAUGUUCCAUACCGUGACAGUAAGAUGACCCGUAUCCUGCAGGACUCUCUAGGGGGGAACUGUAGGACCACCAUGUUCAUCUGCUGUUCUCCAUCCAGCUACAACGACCAGGAGACCAAGUCCACACUCAUGUUUGGACAACGAGCUAAGACGAUCAGGAACACAGCGUCAGUGAAUCUGGAGCUGACGGCAGAACAGUGGAAGAAGAAGUAUGAGAAGGAGAAGGAGAAGAACAGGAUGAUGAAGGAGACGGUACAGAGGCUGGAGUCUGAGCUCAACAGAUGGAGGAAUGAUGAGGAGGACCCAGAGCUGGAUCAGUUGUGUCCUGGUGCUGUGCCUCUUGAGUGUCUGAUACCCAGAGAAGACAGUCUGGGUCGGCUCCCCAGAGAAGAGAGCUCCUCCUCCGGUCUGAGUCGGCUGCCUAGAGAAGACAGUUCCUCCUCUAUAGUGAUCAGGAUCUCAGAGGAGGAAAGACAGAAGUAUGAGGAGGAGAUACGCAAGCUCUACAAGCAGCUGGACGACAAGGAUGAUGAGAUCAACCAGCAGAGUCAGCUGGCGGAGAAGCUGAAGGAGCAGAUGCUGGACCAGGAAGAGCUCCUGGUCUCCUCCCGUGGGGACAGUGAGAAGGUGUCAUCAGAGCUGGGCAGACUACAGAUGGAGAGUGACGUUGCCAAGGCGGAGGUGAAGGAGGUUCUACAGGCCUUAGAGGAGCUGGCUGUUAACUACGAUCAGAAGAGCCAGGAGGUGGAGGAUAAGAGUCUACAGAACAAACUACUGGCUGAGGAACUGGCCAAGAAAAUGGCCCACUUAAUGCGAAUUGAGGCGGAGCUGUCUCGUCUACAGGAAGUGAGCAGUCAUCAGAGGAAACGCAUCGCUGAGGUUCUCAACGGCCUAAUGAGGGACCUCUCUGAGUUCAGUGCCAUCGUAGGCAACAAAGACAUCAAACUGCCAAUGGAAAUAACGGGUGCGAUCGAGGAGGAGUUUACGGUGGCCCGUCUCUACAUCAGUAAGAUCAAGUCGGAGGUCAAGUCCAUGGUGAAACGCUGUCGUCAGCUGGAGAACCUUCAGAUGGAGUGUCAUAGGAAGAUGGAGGAGACGGGAAGAGAGUUGUCCUCCUGCCAACUCCUCAUCUCACAGCAUGAGGCGAAGAUCCACUCCCUGACAGAGUACAUGCAGAACAUAGAGCUGAAGAACAGACAGCUGGAGGAUAACUACGACUCUCUGAGUGAAGAGCUGGCCAAACUCCAUGCCCAAGAGAGCAUGACAGAGGUGACAAAGGGAGAGAACCAGACGGACAUCGAGGAGUCUGCUGAUGUUAAGAGGGCUCUGGUGCAGCAGAUGGAGUCUCACCGUGAGACGCACCACAAGCAGCUGGGACGUCUCCGAGACGACAUCAACGAGAAACAGAAGAUCAUUGACGACCUCACUGAUCGCAACCAUCGUCUUCAUCUGGAGUUGGAGCGGCUGAGGAGCGACUUUGACCGUCUUAGGAGUCAGGAGCACCACAAGACACUGCAACUGGAGGAGCUGACAUUUCUUCAUGAGCGCCACGAGCAGUCUAAGCAGGACCUUAAAGGACUGGAGGAGACUGUGGCUCGUGAACUCCAGACACUGCACAACCUGCGGAAGCUUUUUGUUCAAGACCUCACAACUCGAGUCAAAAGGCAUUCAGAGAUGGAGCCAGAUGAUAGCGGGGGAUGUAGCCACCAGAAGCAGAAGAUUUCCUUUCUUGAGAACAACCUGGACCAGCUUACAAAAGUUCACAAACAGUUGGUACGUGAUAAUGCAGACCUGCGUUGUGAGCUUCCUAAGCUGGAGAAGCGUCUUCGGUCUACGGCUGAGAGAGUGCGGGCGUUGGAGGGUGCACUGAAAGAGGCUAAGGAGGGGGCCAUGAAGGACCGAAGACGCUAUCAACAGGAAGUGGAGAGUAUCAAAGACGUUAUGAGGGCCAAGAACCCCCUCCGUAGGUCACAUGCUGCCCAGAUAGCCAAGCCCGUCCGUCCGGGCCAGUUCCCACUCUGCUCUCCCACCAACCCGUGGGUUCGCAUUACUGAACAGCAACACUCCAUCCAUUUUAGUAACGCCAUGUUUCCAGAUCCCCAGCCAGACAGCUAGCCAUCACACCAGCCACCCUGCUGCUCCCCCAGCUACAGCACCUAACUCCAACCCCACCCACACCAACAAUCACCACUCCAAUGAGACCAGCCUCCAUCAGACCAAGACGCUGCCAGCUGAGCCACCCAACACCACCACAGUGGACAACGGCACAGUAAAGGACACUACAGUGCAGAAGACUAUAGUGGAUAACCCAGCGGUGGACAAUGCCGCCACAGUAGAUCAUUCUCCAGUGAAGCACCCUACAGUGGAUAACACUACAGUGGAUAGUGCCGCAAUGGAUAACUCCCCAGUGAAGCACCCUACAGAGAAGAACACUACAGAAAAGGGCUCUACAUUGAA